UGGCUAAAUGAGAAAGCAGAAACAAACGUGAAGAAAACUAAAAUACAUGAACAGUACAAAUUUACUGAUUAUGGAGAGUCCUCGACUUCACAAAAGACAAUAAAAUGGAGUGAUUAUAGAACUAAAGAAUGUUACAAGCUUUUCACUUCAUCUCUUACUGCACCAAAAAUACCAACCCUUGUUGUUACUUGUGAUAAAGGAUUAACAUUUUCAAUGGCAGAAAGCGUUUUUAUCUGCCAGAAAAAGAACCAUUUUCAGAUUUCAUUAAAUCUGGAAAUAUCUGCUGAUAGUCAAACGGUAGUUCAAGUUGAGAAUGCUUAUCAACCUGUCAUUUGCUACAAAGUGCACCUUUAUGCUAUCAAGGCAGAAUCCGCUCAAAAGAAGAUCACAAUGGAACAGUCAACAGCUGACAGGACAAAACGGCCAUACACACCAGUGAGAUUUCCCGGGGGAUCGUGUGGUACAAAAAGUCUGACUAUUGGAAGGUUGCAUUUUAGUGAAACGACGUCAAACAACAUGAGGAAGAAGGGAAAACUUAAUCCUGAUCAAAGAUAUUUUCAGCUGGUUGUUGAUAUACGUGCCUAUACCAAACAAGGAAAUUAUUCAAUUUGUUGUCAAGUAUCUGAUAAAGUAAUUGUCAGAGCCUCAAAUCCCGGACAAUUUGAAAACGAUGUUGCACUGUGGUCAAAAGACAGAAGUGGGGAGUGUGUUUAUAGAAUGGGACAUGUUGGUAUCAACAAUGACAAACCGGACCAAUGCUUAGCAGUGAAUGGAAACAUAAAACUCACUGGACAGAUUAUGACUCCUGCAGAUAUUAGAUUUACGGACCGCAUAUACCAGGCGAACACUCGCGAAAACUUGGAGAACGUUACCAAUAUGAAACUAUACAGAUACUGUCAUAAUAAACAAUAUUUGAAUUAUGCUGGACUAUCUGUUGAAAGACCAACAGAAGAUCUUGGAGUGUUAGGAAAUGAACUUAAAACCUUGAUUCCUGAUGCUGUUACUGAAGGAGUAAGUGGAUAA